GCUUUGUGAAUCCAACAUGUCAGCGCCCGUGGAGGUAGUUCUGUGUGCAGAUUCAGCGGGUCAGCUGUUUAACUGUGCGGUUUUCGACCCUCAUUCCGGGUCAGAGUUCUUGUCCUAUCGCGGGGGCAACACCUCUUCCCGGUCUUUAACAGUCCUGAACGGAGAAUACAUAUUAGGAGCUCAACUCGGCAAGAACUUCAUCAACGUGUGGGAGAUCCAAAGAAAGGACCAGCUGCAGCAGAAGAUUGUGUGUCCUGGGAUCGUUACGUGUCUCUGUGCGUCCCCUGAUGGUCUCUGUGUACUGGCAGGCAUUGCUGAAGCUAUAUACCUGUGGGAGGUGAGUGAGGAGACGGGCUCGGACUAUCUGGUGUGUGAAAUUGAGAAUGGAGGAACUCUGGGUAGUAAGAAGGGUGUCAAUCUGCCGGGUGCUGCAGUCGACCUGCCCGCCGUGUCAGAGAAAGACGUCAAGGACCUGCUGUUCGGCGUGGAGAUGGGAGUCGACAUGAUCUUUGCCUCCUUCAUCCGCAAGGCAUCUGAUGUGCACGAGGUGCGUAAGGUGCUGGGAGAGAAGGGCAAGAACAUCAAGAUCAUCAGCAAGCUGGAGAACCACGAGGGUGUGCGCAGGUUUGAUGAGAUCAUGGAGGCCAGCGAUGGCAUCAUGGUUGCCCGUGGAGACCUGGGUAUUGAAAUCCCCACAGAAAAGGUGUUUCUGGCCCAGAAGAUGAUGAUUGGUCGCUGCAACAAAGCAGGAAAGCCGAUCAUCUGUGCCACACAGGAACGGACAUACAGCUCUUUCUUGUUGAUUUUGUACAACAACCUGAAAUCACUACAUAUCUGUCUACUGAAAGAAAGAGAUGGGGUCUGGGAAAUUUCAUCUGGGGAGAUGCUCCUGUCCGUUCUCUUCGAUGUCGGCAUCAUGUCAGUGACCUUUGACCCCUGCGAGUAUUUCCUGUUCUGCGGAGGUAGUGACGGCAAUAUUUUUCAGGUGUCUCUCUGCAGCACGAGUAUAAACCGGGAUAAAACCUUCCAGACGGACAGCGACGGCAAUCAGGUGUUUAAAGGACACAGAAAUCUGGUGACAUGUUUGUCUGUGUCUAUGGACGGGACCCUUCUGCUAUCUGGCUCCAACGACGAGACUGUCAGGAUGUGGGACGUUCAGAGCAAGCAGUGCAUAUGGUCCAUCAACCACAAGGGUCCUGUUACCAAUGCCGCUAUCAUCCCAGCACCUGCCAACAUGUUCCUUGCUGACAGUCAUCCAGCCAUCCCACUGCCACGGUUCAGUCGCCACCUGAACCCAUCCGAGCAGGGUGACGGCACGAGCUCUGGAGGCAUGUGUCUGAGACUGGGAGCCAACACACAGGAGCCGGAGGGGACAUAUUUGGAGAAGGCAGACGAGCUCUACUCUCUGAUGUGUGCUGUCACAGACAAGAGUGUGUUUGGUGAUGGGGAGAACACUAAGGUACGAGUGUCUGAACUGGAGGAGGAGGUGAAGACCCUGAAGAAGAUCAAUAAAGAUCUGUAUGAGUUCUCCACUCAACUCCUGACCAAACCCAACUAGAAGAGCUUUCAGAAGUCCUCCGUCGGAACAGUCGGAUCAGUACGAGAACAACAGGAGAGAGAAAUGCAUAAAAUGGACUGAAAAGUACCAACUAUUCUAGUUUUGUGUCUUAAGGGCAGGUUUUUUUUUAACAUCCAUGUCAACACAAGCUCAAGGACCGGAGGUAUAUUUGUAGUAUGUGCUGCCAUUUACUUUUUUUUUUUUUUAUUAGUACUGUUAUUGUAGUCCUAAACUUUAAGUAUUUGCUGUUUAUGUUACAAAAAUUUU